AUGAAGUCAAAACAGCAGCAGCCGGUCUCUUCUUCUCAUGACGAAAACAUUCCCACGCCAGAGAUGACUGCUACACACGAUGAGAUCCCUAGCGAAAACCAAAAAGGGUGGAUUGUUGGAGGAACACACCGCGAUCAACUUCACGAUGUACAAUCACCGGAAUUCGAUAAUCGACUUUUGCAAGAGGUUGACUUCGACCUACCUCUUACAGUGACAAGGAAAAUAGAGCACAAUGGAGGGAAUUUUAUGGUGCUUGAGUUUAUGGAGGGUGAUAAACAAAAUCCUUUCAAUUGGAGUGGGAAAAGGAAGGCAUUCAUUAGCUUCCUUCUUUGCAUGAUGACCCUUUUCAUUGGUCUAGCAACAACUGCCUACAGCUCAGGUAUUACAGGCAUGGUCGAAGAGCUUGGGGUUUCUACUGAGGUUGGUGAACUGGGUCUGUUCGCUUUCAACUUCACAUGCGCCCUUGCCCCUCUCUUCUUGGCUCCGUUUUGUGAGCUAGCUGGACGAAGAGUCAUCUACGUUGGCAGUUAUGUCUGCUUUGCACUCAUGUUUAUCGGCUUGUCUCUCGGGAAAAAUAUUGCCACCAUCCUGGUUUGCCGUGCCCUGCUCGGUCUCUUUGGAUGUGUUGGAACCAUUCUUGUUGGUGGCACAUUCGGCGACAUGUACACCCCUGCUCACCGUGCCAUUCCAAUGGCCUCUUUCUCUUUCAUCGCGAUUUUCGGUACGGUUGCCGCCCCGAUCUAUGCCGGCUUUAUCGAUCAAGCUCUUGGAUGGAGAUGGGUUGAAGGUAUCCAAGGUCUGGCAAACAUUCCUCUGGGCAUUGUUAUUGCCAUUUUUCUGUGCGAGACGCGUGGUGGUGUGACUCUGGCUAAGCGAGCCAAGAUGCUCCGGAAGAACACUGGAGAUGAGCGCUUCGUCACCCACAACGACCUUGAGGCCCCGGGUAUCAAGGAGAUGUUGCACAACUCUUCCGUCAAGGCUAUUCGCAUGCUUUUCACUGAGCCUGUCGUCUUUGCCUUCGGUCUAUGGAUAAGUUUUGCCUGGUUUCUGACUUUCCUCUUCUUGUCUGUCAUCCCUAUCACUUUCGCCGAUAAGCGUGGCUGGGGUGAGGGUGUAUCUGGUCUCCCCUACAUCGCCCUCUGCAUCGGUACCACUAUAGGCUUUGGUAUGAACUUUUUCCAGAUCAAUAAAUACAAGUCUCUUGUUGCCGAUCCUUCACGGGAAGUUAAUCCUGAAGCCCGUUUGUACGGUGCCAUGUGUGGUGCUGUCUGGCUUCCUAUCGGUCUUUUUAUAUACAGCUUCACACAGUAUGCUCAACUCAGCUGGGUUGGUCCAGUUAUCGGUCUGGCUCUGAUCGGAAUCGGAAUAUUCUUCAUCUUCGAAUCCUGUUACAGCUAUACUUCCGACUGCUACGGUGAAAACUCAUCUUCUGCUAUCGCUGGUCAGGGUUUCAUGCGCAACACCCUUGGUGCUGUUUCCCCGCUGUUCGCCACUCAGUUCUUCGAGAACUUGGGUAGCCAAUAUGCUGGUCUUCUGUUGGCUCUCGUUGCUACGCUGUUGACCUUCAUUCCAUUUGUGUUGUAUAAGUUCGGCCCGGAGCUUCGUGCUCGUUCCAGAUUGGCCAGCACUACUGUGGCUGCCAAUGCUCUUUAA